AUGGACAACCAUGGAGAGAAGACCAUCAUCCACACGCUGCGAGAUGCGCUGCCUCACUUCGCAGUCAAGUCCAAGAAGCUCGCGUCGCCGCUGCUGGAGCCAUUCGGGUGGGCGUCCCAGCCAGCCUCUGUCGACGACGAUGAGCUGACGGCGCUCAAGUCCAAACUGCGGCGGAUCCGCGCCACGCUCCAUGAUGCCGAGAGCCUGUCCGUCACCGACCGCUCCGUCCAGCUGUGGCUAGCUGAGCUCGGUGACCUAGAGCACCGGGCCGAGGACGUGGUCGAGGAGCUGGAGUACGAGUCCCGUCGCUCGGCGCAACUGGAGGAGCUCAAGCAAGACUUGCUCUACGCCGCCACGACGGGGAAGCGGCGCCAGGAGGUGGCGCUGCUGUUGGCGCCCGCGCCCACGAGGCGGCUCCGCGCGCAAGAUCGAUGGCAUCUGGGCAAGGAGUUUGACGUCGUCAGCGUCACCCGCAAGAUCGUUGAGGCGGUCACCAGAACGCGCCCGGAGUGCAGCGAGCUGAGCACGCUUCAUGAGCUCAUAGUCGAGCACCUUGCGGGGAAGGGGUGCUUGAUCGUUCUCGACGACGUGUGGGAUGACAAUCCCAACCACUGGAACAGCCUGACGACCCCGAGCCACUGCGUGCCAGGGAGCACGGCUGCCAUGACGACGAGGAACAAUAAGGUUGCCAGGAUGGGCUUCGCCUUCGACAAAGAUCUUCUAGUCCAGCUGUGGACUGCGCAGGGUUUUGUGGAUGCUGAAGGAGACUGCAGCCUUGAAGCGACCGCCAAUGGCUACUUCAAUGACUUGGUGUCAAGGUGCUUCUUCCACCCUUCCCCAUCUCAUGCUAUCAGCGAAGGGAAGUAUGUUAUGCAUGACCUGUACCAGGAGCUUGCUCAGUUUGUUUCAGGCAAUGAAUGUAGGAUGAUACAACUCCCUAAUUCAAUGAAAAUAGAUGAGAGCCCUCGGCAUUUGUCCUUUGUUGAUGAGGAGUCUCAUUCUGUCCAAGAAAUAAACUUGGACUCAUUUUGUGGUCAUCGUGAUCUGCAAACCUUCCUGUUCAUUGCAAGAACAGAACAAAACCACGAGGAGAUGGCCUUCAGAACAAAGAUUCCUUCCGAGCUGAUCACGGAUUUUGAAUGCUUAAGAGCUUUAGAUUUGAGCAACUCCAAUAUCAUGGAGCUACCGAAAUCCAUUGGAAGUCUGAUACACCUAAGGUUCCUUGGUCUGGACAACACCGCAAUUAAGAUGUUGCCUGAGUCAAUUUGUGCGCUUUUCCACUUGCAGAUAAUUAAGCUUAACCAUUGUUCUUCCCUUACUCAGUUGCCUCAAGGCAUCAACCUCCUAUUGAAUUUAAGGUGCCUAGAGAUUCCACAUUCAGACAUAAAGAUGCCUUCGGGGAUUGGAGAGUUGAUUAGGCUACAGAGACUACCUUUUUUGUCAUUGGGAAUGAGCCUGCUGGAUGUAGCAUGGCAGACCUGA